CGGAUUCGUAUAAAUAAAAUGUAACUAGAAUUUACUUCCGGAUGUUUCAAUCGUUGCGAAUAAAAACAAACUCUAUGUCAAUAUGUCUCAGCAAGGAGCAGGAACCAAAGACAUUGAGAACCAGUCCAAGUUUAUCCAGGAAAGGAUCACUUCAGUAGAGAAGAAUUUUGGCCAGCUAUGUGAGACGUUCUCAUCCUACACAAGAAAAACAGCUCGACUCAGAGACAAAGGUGACCAGAUUACUAAAGAUUUAAUGACCUACAUUGAAGGAGAGACCUUGAAUCCUUCGUCCAAUAAAUAUUUCACAGAAUUUGCACAGAAUCUUUCUGCCAUACAAGAUUACAGGAACGCACAGGUAACUCGCCUUGAAACCAAAGUACAACAGCCACUGAGUAACUAUGGUUUAAAAUGCAAGCACACGAAAGCUGACCUUAAGGCAGCUUACGCAGCACGAGAUAAGGAGCAGAAAAUACGCAAAAAGUUGGACGUAGCCAGAGGGAAAGGGGAUGCCCGACAGAUUGCUGUUCUUGAAACAGACUUGCAAAAAGCAAGUGUGGACUCCUCACGGACAACUAAAAACUUGGAACAGCAAUCAGACAAGUUUGAGCUCGAAAAAUUACAAGAUGCAAAGAAAGUGAUGACAGACUUCGUAAUGAUUGAGAUGGCAUUUCAUGCAAAGGCUCUUGAAGUUUACUCCCAGUGUUACCAGUCACUAAGCAGUCUGAGUGUUGAUACAGAUAUUAAGGAGUUUAGGUCUAAGAUGAGGCCAUCCAAUAGCUCAGCACGUAUCAACAUGGCUCGCACUGGCUCGGUCUCUUCUGGGGGUUCAAAUGCCAACUUUGAAGACACACCACGCGUGGAUCUGCAAUCCAAUGUUCAAACCUCAGAUCCACCCCCUCGAAGACAACCAAUCAAGCCUGUCACUAAUGGGAACACUAUGAAUGAUGAUGAAGAGGAUGAUGAUGAUGAAGAGGAGGAGGAAUCUGAUGAUGAGGAAGGAGACAGUGAGGAAUACAGUGAUGAUGAUGAGACAGAGCUGGAGACUGAACGAGACCAGCAGGUGCAGCCUGUCAGGCCAGCCCAGCGCAGAUGAGGAAGGGGAGGGGCAGGACUUGACAGGGGCACGGAGGAGCAGAAUACGCACAAGUUGUAGUGAUUUCAUUGUAUCUAUUCCCUAUUCAACACUCAUGGUGGGCUAUUGUGCUCCCUCUAUGUCUGUUGUAGUGCUUCUUCAACUUCAGUUUUAUAUCCAUCUGGAUACAACAUUUUUCCGUCCAUUUGUAUUGAAACUUGGUCAGAAUGUUUAUCAUGACAAUAUAUAGGCAAAAUUGGAAUCUUGGUUAUGUGAGUAAAGAACACAAGUAUUUCAGAGCCAUCACGGCCCUCUUGUUUCUUUAUGCAAUCAUUAUUUUUUAUUAGUCUGAAGUUUAUAUUUCUAAAAGUAAAGACAAAUGACACCAGAGACAAAGAACAAUUAAUGGUGUGAAAAAAUACUGGCCUGCAUAUUAUACAUGUACACAGCAUUUAUCUGAAAUAUGAUUAGUUUGUGGAGAUAAACAUUAAUCUUCAUAAGAAUAAUUUAAUGGUUGUGUAGUGACAAUACAUAUAUGUAGUCAAUAGUGACUGUGAUAUGUUGUCAUUUAUUUUGUUCUUAGUUAUUUACAUAUUUUUAUGUUACAUUAAUUGUUUUACAUGUUAUUUGUUCUGCAUAGGAUAUUGAUGAAUUAGUUGGUUUUUAAGAUAAUGACUGCAUUUUUAUUGGAAAGCAUUUGUCUGUCUUGUUACAUUAAACUGAAAGAUGUUUGUUAAGACUAGGUCACUGUUGUAUCCAUUAGGUGUAAAACAAUAAUAACAGGGGUGGGAUUCUUCCUCCUUUUAAUUGCCGUCAACAUGCUUUAUAAGACCUAUUUUAUUCUGAAAACUUUUAUUGAACCUACUAAGGAUAGGAGAUUUUCCUCCCUUGAAGUGUUUUGUUAAUCUUACCCCUGAACCCCUGAGUAAAAUGGUUGUUUUGGUUACAUAAAACUAGGUCGAUGUGUGCCAGAUUUCCUAUCGUAGCCAUUACUUUGCCAUAUAUUGCACUAUUGAACGAAAAUUGUCAUUUUAAAAUGUAUUUAGUUAUUUAUAUUCAUGUUUUUUAUGCCCCCGGAUCGAAAGAUCGGGGGUAUAUUGUUUUUGGCCUGUCUGUCAUUGUAUGUGUGUGUGUGUCCCAAAACUUUAACCAAAACUUUAACCUUCUUCAUAGCUUUUGCAAUAUUGAACAUAGCAACUUGAUAUUUGGCAUGCAUGUGUAUCUCAUGGAGCUGCACAUUUUGAGUGGUGAAAGGUCAAGGUCAUCCUUCAAGGUCAAAGGUCAAUAUUUUUUUUCAAAAACUUUAACCAAAACUUUAACCUUCUUCAUAACUUUUGCAAUAUUGAAUGUAGCAACUUGAUAUUUGGCAUGCAUGUGUAUCUCAUGGAGCUGCACAUUUUGAGUGGUGAAAGGUCAAGGUCAUCCUUCAAGGUCAAAGGUCAAAAAAUAAAA